UCGGUAGGUGGUGUGAUGUUCUUUCUUUGAUGAGACAUGCAGGCCUCAUAAAUGUGAAUCGAAUGGCCUGUUACUGUUUAAAUGGGAUGUUUGAAGUCAACGGUAGCAGAUUUGACAUCAAAUUGAGAUGCCGAAUAACAACAGUACGAUAAAAUCGGAUCACUCCAAAACUCAACAAUUAUCGGUUGUGGUUCGGAUCCGUCCAAUUUUCGAUUAUGAAGUUGAGAAAGGCGCACAGAAAAUCGCAAGAAAAGUUGACCAGAAGAUGGUGUUACUACAAGAUCCAACAGCUGGGGAUCCUGUGGAUGUACUUCGUGCCAAAAGAGCCCACGAUAGAAAAUAUGUAUUUGACUGGGCGUUUGAUGAAGAUUCAUCUCAG